AUGCCUGAAGUUCCUCAAGUCACCCCCGAAGUCACAUGGGCUCAGCGCUCAUCCGACUCGGACCCUGAGCGCAAUUACCUCUACGUCAGCCUCAAGACUCCCGAUGUUCCGAAGUCCGCUUCCGAGCUCACAAUCACCCCGACUAAUGUCACGUUCACCGGAGAAUCCAAGAAGGGCGUAAAAUACCACGUGUCCUUGGACCUCUAUGGCGAGAUCGACCCCGAGAACAGCAAGGUCAACCACACCGACCGCGAGGUCGAGCUUGUAUUGCGGAAGAAGGAGCUGAAGGAGGAGUACUGGCCCCGCCUUGUCAAGACGACUCAGAGACUUCACUUCCUGAAGACGGACUUCGAUAAGUGGGUUGAUGAGGACGAGCAAGACGAGGCCGUUGAUGAUGACUAUGCGAACAACUUCGGUGGGUUCGAUGGUCUCGACCAGGGUGGUCUGGGAAACAUUGAUUUCUCCAAGCUCGGUGCGGGCCUGGGCGGUGCCGAGGGUUUCGGAGGCGCUGAAGGUGCCGAGGGUGCUGAGGAGGAGGAUGAAGAGAUGCCUGAGCUCGAGGGCGAGGUCAAGACCCCCAAGAUCCAGGAGGUGUCUUAA